AUGUCUGAACAACCAAGUAAAUUCAAUGCUAAUGUUAAUUACUAUACUGGUGCUGCCCAGGAAACAGUUGGAAAUUUAAUCGGUGAUGAAUCCUUGAAAGCUUCAGGUCAAGCUGCUCAGAUUCGAGGUAACGCAGAAUAUGAGGCAGCCACUGAGGAAGCACCAUCGAAACUCAGUGCCAAUUACAACGCGACCGCUGGUUCGGUUAAGGAAACAAUCGGAUCCACUAUUGGCAAUACUGAUUUAGAGAGAUCAGGUACUGAACAACGUAGAAAGGGAAAUGAGGAAUUAGAAGCAGCCAAAAUGACAGACUACGUUAGUGGUGCUGGCAACAAAGUUAAAGGAGCAGUACAGGAACAAGUUGGCUCAACUAUUGGUAAUAAGCGAAUGGAAUCCGAAGGUGCAGCCACUAAAGUUAAAGGCGAAGCAGAAAUGGCGAAAAAUGAAUAA